GUCAAAAUAUCGAGAUUUCACGGCUCUGUGACUCGUACAGAAAGUUGACCAUUGAUUAGAGCUAACAAACAGCAUAACUUUCAUUUGACUGCUGAUUGCGUCACAGAGAACAGUACCUCGCAGUUUCCGUGGUAAGUACGCUGCUUCCUUUUCAGUCACAUAAUCAACUACUUCUAUUUUCUAAAGCGUAUCUCAGUGUUCUUGGCUGAAGCAGCAGUCGGUUAAUUGGUGAUUAGGCUAGUGCUCUGAGCUCGUCUUCCACAUAGCCAUAGGGUUAGUUCGAGUUUUCGUUCCCAGAAGCUCAUAUGUAAGUUGUGUUUGCGUUUGCGUUUGCUGAUGAUUCUCGUCCCUGCUAGCGAUUGUCUACAGGAUGAGUUUGGGGCUAACUGCUUGAACGGCAGAAAUCUGAAUGUGAGAACAGUUGAGGUUCAGCUUGAUUCUGCAGCCGAUACUAAACUACCUGGCAUAAAGAUAGACAACUGUUUUUAAAUAACGGUAUCGAAUAUAGGAAAGCGACUUCGCAUUUUGAAAAGAACAGAUAAAUUAUGUCUGUGACUGAAAGCUGACAAGUUUGUUUUACAACUCACUUAUCCAGCUAAUACUUGACUACGGGGGUUAUUGUCUUGGGGACAUGAAGCAAACCGAAGACGCACGUCCAAGACGUAAUUAAUUUGCAGAAACGAUGCGCCAGAGUAGUCCUAGACAAAAAUGAGACACCCCCUCGGGGCCUUUAUUUAGAGACAUUAACGUCAUGCCAUGAUUUCAUAAGAGACAAGAAAGUGCUUACAGCGGCGUUCAGUCUCGCUUGCUUGGAGAUUGGUUCGAGAAAGCUUAGGAUAACUGUAUAGGAAUAUUUUUAUUCAUAAAAGUGGCCCAGUCCUUUUGGCCGGUAUUACCGGAGAAAAUGGUACCGUCCAGCGGGACAUCCUGAGUUUUAGCAACAUUUGUUAGGAGUUAUAUCUGGGUUUUUUAUUGCUAAGGGUCAUUCUUUAGGUUUCCAAAAGGCCAGGGUAACUAAACAGGAGUGUUUUUUUUUCGUAAAAAAUGCUUUGUCCUUGUAUUAUCUAAGGAAAUAGUAUACCGCCUAGCAAGACAUUCUAACCCAGUGUCAGCAGUUACUUGCAUGUAUUACUACAUGACAUGCAGUUUGUUAUUGUUACAUUGUACAUACAUACCUUGCCCUCCGAAGGCGUUUUCCUACCAGCUGGGGACAGCUGAACAAAGACAGUUUAAUUCAUUCCUUGUUGUUGUAAUCAGAUGGGGAAGUGCAAAAGCCUUGCACUCUAGUGAUAUGAAAAUUAUAGGAAUAAAAAGUUACAUUUUCGAAAAUUUCAGCCAGAAAAAAGGUUCCCGAAAAUUUUAGGUGACCCUUUUAGGGUGAAAAUCCGUUAAAAAUGGGCAAUUAUUCCAUAUUUUAGAUGUUCGAAAAUCCUAGGAGAGGCAGGCAAGCAAGAAAUUUUACAACAAAUGUUCCGAAAAUUCUAGAUAUCAAAUCGUCUUCCGAACAGAUAUUUUCCGAAAAUUGACGUUGGGUGCCCUGUUUUAAUACCUGCUUACAGUUGGGCAUUAUCCCCCUGCUGAGGUACCCUGCGCAUGCAAACUAAUCAGUAACAGUAGUGAUGUAUGAAAAUUUUUUUGAUGGAUAAUACUUAAAAGUUCAUAUUUAUUUUGAUGGAAUUGCAUAAUAAAUGACUUUCCGUUCAAUAAUGUUCAUUGCAAAGGUGAUGAAAUAGCAAAACCUACCAUACAGACAGGGGCACCCAACGAGGAUAUACCGGUAGUUCAAAACCACUUAAAAACUAAAAAAAAACUAAAAACUUUUCAUCUGUUCGGAUUUCCUAGCUGAAAAUCUAGUGAUCCGAAAAUUAUAGGGAUAAAAACUUACCUUCUCGAAAAUUUCAUUGAAAACCUCGAAAAAGGUGGCCUUUUUAGGGUAAAAAUCCGUUAAAAUGAGUAAUUAUACCAUUUUUAGAAAAUAAGAAGCAGGAAAAUAAGAAACUUUUACAACAAAUACUGGAAAAAGAUCUCAAAUCGUCCGGUCCUCCGAACAGAUAUUUUGACCUGUUACAGAUAAGUUCAUGUAAUUCUGCGUACUGAACUUAUCCCAUGUCUUUUAAUUAUUGUAAGAAUUAAAACUGGAUUUUUUAACAAGAAAAUAAUUUUCAAUUUGUGAGAAACCUGUCUUUUGACCCAAUACAAACAAUGACGAAAUACAAACGAAGCAGACGAGACAGCAGCGACCGGCUAGUUUGCAAUCACGUGCGAAAGCGCGUUAUGUUUUGAUUAUGUUUGGGGACGCAACUGCUUGGAAAAACAAUCUUAUUCGUUGUGUAACUGAGUGACAUCUCUUCCACAGUCAUCAUGGCCCAGGAUGAAAUCGAAGCUCUUGUGAAAGAUGUUUUAGCGCGCGGUCAGAAAGACUUCAAAUUUACAAAUUGGUCGGAAACAUAUUCGUGUCAGCCAGCUUUGUACUUUGAGCCAGAAACCACUGAAGAGAUAAGAGAGGUAUGAAGUUCUCUACUCGCUUGUUAACUUUCCAAGUACUGCCUGCUAAGGGCCAGUAUUGAUCGUUGACUAAAACCGUGGAUUUAGCUUGCGUUCCAUCUAUUUACGUCAAAUGAAGAUUAUCGAGGUCGAUGUAUCAUGUAAAAGAUUCCAACACUGUGUUUUUGCCUUUUUAAAUUUCAUUUAGAUUCUCAAGGUAGCCCAGAAGUUACGUAAGAGAAUUCGAGUAGUUGGAGGAGGCCUUUCACCAUCCGAUAUUGCGUGUACAGAGGAAUAUAUGAUCUCUUUGAAGAAGUACAAAGAUAUUUUGGAGGUGAAUAAUAAUAAUAUUGAAGUUACAAGUGCGUGGAAAUAAGCCCUCAGUGACCAGCUGAUAAAGUGCUAAAUUUCCCUUCCAAGUUACCUUGAAUAUACUUGUGACUCAAAAGAAGAAUUUAAUGUUACAGCACGAGUCACUUAGGUCUUUAUUCUAAAGUUUCUCUUUGAUGAUAACGUAAUGUUUUGGUGCAUAUCUUUGUUUUAAACUUAUUUUCCUUUAUUUCAAACUCGUAAACAAAGGAAAAGAAAACCUAAACCAAUAACACCUGAUUUUUAUGCUCAGUGCUUUACACACGUGUCAAUGAAAAUUGGGCUAUUUCCUUAAGCAUGUUAAUUUAACACUCUUACUUCAAUUUUUGUUCUCUGUUUCUCUGUCAUAAUUAGAACUAUGUCAAUUAUAACUUGUCAAUUACUUUUAUGGAUGUAUCUUGUAUGUUAUAAUAUCAUCAAUUUUUGUGGUAUAUAUGAACAACAAUCUCAUUACAGUAAAACUUUAUGUAUAAGAACCUAGAUUUUUCCAAGUCAGCCUGAACAGGUUCUUAUGUAAAUGGUGCUUAACUUGAAAUUAGGCUAUCUAUAGGUUCUCAAAUGGGUUCUUAAUUUUUGGUAAGAAAAAAAGUACUUGUAUUGGUGGGCAUGGCCUUUGAUGUUAAAUUAUUCACACAUUUUCAUGCUAGUUACAUGGAAUUUAGUAGAGUGCAAACUUUAAAGGCACAUAAAUCAUACAAAAUAGUGCUAAGUUAUGCACCUGUUAUUGUUUUCUAUUGUACUUUGGAAAUGAAGAACCUACUUUGGAAUUUCAGCCUGAAAUGGUUCUUAAGUGAAGGGUGCUUAAAAGUAAACUUUCAGCCUGACAGGUUCUUAAAUUUAGGUUCUUAUACGUGGGGUUUUACUGUAUUUCAUAUUGGGGGUGGUAAAGGGGGGUCUAGCUCACGUUUCACAGGAAAUAAAUUCAUCUUUUCACAAUUCAUGUAAUUUUUAAAAAAUGGCAAUUCACACUUCAGAGCAAAAAGGAGAAUUAAGCAUUUAUUUCUUGUUUCAUGGAAAAUGAUUUUGCAAAAUCAUGCUUCACGGCUACUAUGAAAAUCAUGAUUCACAAGGAAAUAAUUAGCCAUUUCAUAUUUCAUAGGGAAAAAAGGACCUAUCAUGAGUCAUGCAAAUACCCUUUACCACCCAUAACUCCACAACUUGAAUUGCAUUUGGGAAGGGUAAUAUUUUUUUGCAGACUUUAUUAUGUAACCAUAUAGUCACUCUUGUAUAAGCGUCCUUUCAGCUUUUAAGUGGCCGGGACCAUUGAAUGAAGGCAAAAAUAAAAACCCCAAAAUGUUCUGGAGCUUCCAACAAAACCCACAAAAGCCCUGGACCAAAAAUUAACCCUCAAAUUAUUUAGAAGUUUCUUGGUUUUGUGGAUGGGUGCAAUUAUCCAAAAUGUAGCAAUACUAAAGGUUGAAAAGACCCCGAUUAACACCUUAAACCACCACCACCACCAUCAUCAUCAUCUUUUGGCCCUUUUGUUUGGGACCCACCACAAUAGCAAACCAACUAUGGUUUCCAAAACACCAAGAAACAGCCAAAAAUUCCAUGCUGAAUUUCCAAGCCUGCGAAUAAUUCACUACAGCCAAAGGGAAUUCAUGAUGAUGAUAGUUAUGAUAACGCUGGGCACAUAAUGAGCAUGAUGGAUUAAAAAUCAGCUUAUUAAAAUGAAACCAUGUUGGAUUCACCCUAGGUAAUUACAUAACUGCUUUUAUGAGUUACUUCCAGUGAGAUAGAAAUUAAGUAAUGCAUUAUGUUUUUAAACAACCAUGAAACAAGUUUGGUUCUUCUUAGUGCAACUAUGUGGCGCGGGGUCCAUACACCACCACUUCAAGGAGUCUUCACUUUAUUUUGAAAAUCUCUGCUUAACUAAAUCAAGUCACACUAAAAAUAGUUGCCAAAUUUCCAACCCCCCCACCCCUGUCAAAGAAAAAAGGUCCAACCUUUGAUCAUCCCCAAAUACUGAUAAUCCUCUUUUACAUUCUAGAUUAAUCAUGAUGAGAAACAGGUGACUGUCCAAGCUGGCUUGACGGUAGAGGAACUCAACAAGUUGUUAGAAAAUCAUGGGCUGGCUAUGUCCAAGUGAGUAUUCGGUAGAAAGGUGAUAAGAUUUAGGAAGACGAGAUCCAUUGAAAAGAGUGUAGAGAGGCAAGAAAGAUAGGCAGUGCCUGUGGUUAAAUGAGUUGAAGAUGGGAUGGGGUGGGUGUUGUUUUGAACUGGAGAGGAAAAUAUUUGAGGGCUGUGUUCCUGGGCUGUAGGACGUUUUUAUGGCUUGUGUUUUAGCGCUAUGGGACUGUUCUGGAGGUUUUGCCUUAUUUGCAGACUGUUCAACCUUUUGAGUAUGUAAAUCAGGAUAUUUUCAUGGAUGAAUCACAUAAGCAUGCACCAAAGGUGUUGUGGUCAACCUUCACUCAUCACAUCAUUCACAUCAUGGGUUGGGUGGGUACAGUAAGCUCACAGAUGGACUGAGAGCGGCGUCCAGUGGCGCCUUUGUAUGUUGACGUCCGAGCUUACUGUUCACAUGUUAAAAUGUAUUGUAAGAGGGUAUGUCUGUUGCCCUCUCAUCCACGACUCUUCAUUCAUUCAGUCAUUCAUUCAUUCAAAGAGGCGAACCUCUAGGGGGGUUUAGGCAGAUUCUCCCCCAGAAAAUUUUGAAACCUUGAUACCCUGAAAUGCCAUUUCUAGAUUUCUGAGAGGACAAUUUUUGUCUGAAAUAUUUGCUGUAUCGAUUGUCAUUUUUUUGCUUAUUUUUAUUUGCGUGGCUUUGUGUACAAUUACUUGAUUUCAUUUUAUAUUUCGGGUAUUUUUUUUAAAGUUUUCAAGAUAUCAGUAUAGGUGUUUUGUUUUUGUUAGGUGUUCUUUAAAGGUAUCAUACGAAUUCUUUUAAGAAUUUUAGAACAGAUUUUUCCUAUCUCUAUCACAUAUUGGUCGUGAUUUGGGAUUUUCCAGCAAAAGCGGAAGAAUCCCAACAAAAUCGGUCUGGUUGGACAGUCUGUAUUUGCCCUUCCCCAUUAAUGUGUCAUCUAAUAAUGCUUAUGUAAAAACCACUCCAUAGGCACUUACUCCCUAGCCUCCUACAAAGACAUUGCCUUUGCCUUUGUUUUUUUGUUUUGUUUUGUUUUUUAAUUAACAUCAACAUUUUCUCUAAGGUUUUGUACCUGUGUAAUAAAAGUUUAUAAUCAGUUUUUAGUGGUUAUAGAUUAAUUAUCUGUUUGUGAUGACCAUUUUCUGCUAGUUUUCUCCAAAGUGAUCAUGGAAUCAUGUUUUGUCUAACAAUGGCAUUGUCCAUGUCCAUGGAGCAGGGAUCCAAUGUAUUUCCAAGUGUCGAUAGAAAAAAAUCUUUACAAACAGAGGACAGACAAUUCUCUCUGUAGACUUAAGCUGCAGUUUGUGCUAAUUUCUUGUGUACUUUACAUGUGUUUUAUAGUCUUAGUUCCGUUUCUGGCAUGUCAUGUGCUGGUACUAUAUGCACAGGAACACAUGGAACAGGAAAGAACUAUGGGAUUGUUGCCACUUUUGUAAGUUGUUUUUCCCUAUUCACUUUAUUUAAUCCAUUUGCUCCUGAGAAUUUUGCCGGAAAACGUGUUUGGAAGUUAGUCAAGCCAUUUUCUGGUCACUGCCUGGCUAAAAAGAGCCAAGACUUACCACAAAGCUGUUUACAGGUCACACCCUUUGUGGCCUUGACUGACUUGUGCUCAUUCUGGUAUGGUUUGAAAGAUUUCUUCACCCUGCACAUUAGUUAGAUGACAAUGUUGUCCUUGACCGACAAAACUAAUGAUGUCACAAGUGGUAGAAGGGACUUGGAUCUGCAGAGGGGGUUACGAGCAGUUCAGGGGCAAAUGGGUUAAUUGAAAAGUAAUUAACAUAAUAUGUGUAUCACAAAAUCUUGCAGAGCUGUGAAGGGCCGGCAGUUACAGUACAGGGAAAACAUUUUGCUAAUAGGGAACAAAAUAUGAUUAAGCAAAAAGCAGAAGCAAACAAACAGUUGCACCACUUGCAUGCUUGGUUGACUCCUACACCUCUGUGUCAAGUUACCAAUAACUUCUCUCUGAAACAAAAUUUUUGUAUUAUUGAAAGCAUUUUCCGAGCAAAAUUCUUUGCCAAAUGCAUUUCUUGACUGCUAAAAAGGCCCAAAAACAACUGGGCGAGAAUUGUUGUGGUUUGUUUACUUGCAGUUUGUUGCUAGGUAACUGCAGCUUCCAAUCUGAUAGUUAUAUGUACCAACUCGUAUUUAAAUUUCUUACCUUGCUAAAGAUCCAUGUGAGUUUCAUGCACAAUGCAAAUUCCAACAAAAUUAUAAACCUUGCGUUUGUUUGGGCCUUUGGCUUUCGCUUUGUGGGGAAUUAUAUUAUUAUAUCAUGAAUACACAUUUCAGCUGAAAAGGUACAUAUACGUACUGUCGCAUUGUAGAAAAAUUGUGAACUAAUGAUAUUUGACCUGCAAUCUGUCAAAAUUGAAACUAAUGUACAUAUAACUAAAUUACAUUGUAAUAAUACCUUUACAUUAGCAAGAAAGCUGAUAGUACCCCUCCAAUAUUAAUUUAACAAUUAUUGGGCUCUGAGUCAAUAGCCCAUGAGCCCGAAGGCCGAAUGGGCUAUUGACUCAGAGGCCAUGAGGGCGAGAGGAAUAAUUGUUUUUGUAAAAUCCAACUAGUUGCUCAAAAAUAUCGAAAAUAAAAAACUUUUAGCUAAUUAAAGCUAGUCUGUUUUUUUAGUUUUUUACACCAAAAAGCCCCCCCGCUUUUCACUACUAUUGGGCGAUAAGAUAUAGCCUAGUAAUAGCUCAAGCAAUCAGAAUGCAGCAUUUAUAAUAGACCACUAGUUAGAUUUUACUAAUAGCAGAUAGAGGUCAACUCUAGUGAGCCUGUCUUUCAUGUCUCUUAAUUUUAGAUGUAUCUUUAUUUGUGUUUCAAUUAACAGGUGGUGUCACUGGAGUUAAUGACUGCCAGUGGGGAGAUCAUUCAUUGUAGUCGGCAUGACAACAAAGAGAUAUUUUCAGCUGCUCUCUGUAGUCUUGGUGCACUUGGCAUUAUCCUCAGUUUAACAUGGCAGUGUGAGCCUGCAUUUAGACUGUGUCAGCAGUGUGAAUCCCUCAAACUGGAGGAAGUAUGAACCCAUUCAUUUAAUUUUAUACAGUACAUAUAAAGUUACAUCCACCCAUCCUUAAACUUUAAGUCUAUAGCUACCAUCCUGGCCCCAGUUACUACCGUCCUGUUAACCAUUAACUUUUUUGUAUUUUUGUCCGAUUGUAUAUGUUAGUAUUAGUUCAUUUGUAUCAGUUAUGUAUGGUUACGAAAUGUGAUUAAAGAUUAAAGUUGUGCAAAAGCUGGACAGUAUUAUCCACUGGAUAAAUCACUAUGCAGUGGAUAUAAAGUAUAUUUAGGGGAAACCAAUUUAUUGCACUAUUGAGUGGAUAGCGUUAUCUGCUUGAGUGUCAACUGGGGUCUGUUUACAGAAGAGGUCUGCAUUAUUCUUGGUUAUGGUUAAGAAAAUCCAAAUUGAUUUUUCUUUAGGGAAAAGUUGUAUGCCUGAUCAGAUGGGAUUCACUGUUUUAGGUUGACAAACCUGCGGAAAUGUUGUUUGACAAUGUUGGCUUUACAAAUUUAAUUAUUACAGCAUAAAUCUUCACUACAAAGUAAUGGUACAGUAUUUGAGGGGCAUUCGAUUAUCAUGGUUGUCAUUACCGUCUGAUGUUUCCGUUUUUAAUAAAGUCGUUCAUUUGUUCGUUUGUUCCUUCCUUUGAUUUGUCCAGUCUGCAUAUUGUCUGACUGCACUGGUAGAAUUUUUUUGGGCAUUAAUAGCUGCACAAUUUAUUGACUGUUCAAGUCAGCAUUGUCCACGUGCUCAAUUCAUAGCACCUGAUGUAGCUUUUAUGCCUACCUAUUCCAUUUAAGAACAGAAAUGGUUAUGGUUUUUACUUUGAUAUUUUUAUUCUUUGGGUGGUACUUUUUCCAUGCAUAAUUUAUGGUGUUUUUGAUGAAUUUCUUUUUGUUAUGUUGUGAACUGUAGGUCUUGGAAAAUCUUGAAGCACUUAAAUCCUCUGAUGAGUAUUUCAAGUUUCACUGGUAUCCACAUACAGGAUAUGCUAAAGUCUAUCAUGUCAACAGGACUUCUGAGGUGGGAAUACUAAAUAAUUUUAAAAGUCUUGUAGGAACAGUCAUCUCUCUUUUUAGCAGGAGUAAGGAUAGUGUAGUGUAGGGUUAUUAGUGUGCGGCCUUUAGUGUAAGAGGUCCAAAAUUAAAUAGGUUUCUGGGAAACUACCCACCUACCCCAUCCCUAACCCAACAUUUUGCCCUAAGUGAGAAGUAAGUGUUAAUGUUGACUUAGGGGAGGGGUAGGUGGGCAGUUUCCCAGAAACCUAAAUUGAUCUUCGCUUACGUUUAUACAUUUACCUUUAUAAUAUGGAUGAGCAGAUUUAUGAUAAAGUUAGUACCACUGUGACCAGUCUUCCUAAAGCAGAAUGAUGACAAUUAUAGAUGGACACCUCCAUAAUUAACAAAACACAGCUUUUAAUUUACUUGCAGUUAGAGUAGCCCCUAACAUUGUGUAGCCCAUGAAUACAGCCACCUCUCUUUGUUCCCCACCACAUAAAACGUUUCUUAGAAAAGAGACGUCUGAGUCUUGGCCUGUGUGCUGUGCACCAGUAUUACUAUGCAUAAGUAUCCCUCUUCAUUGACUGUACGUCUAUUUUCAAAUUGCAGCCUGCAAAGAGCACAUCAAGUUGGUUUUGGGACAAAGCUGUAGGAUAUUGGUCUUUGGAGUUCCUGUACUGGUUAAGGUACUUGUAUUUAAAUACAUUGUGCUCUCAACUUUGUCUCAUCAGUUUAAUAACAGACAUGCACCUCUAGGAGACAGACACCCAAAGUAGGCAUCUUUCUACAAAGAUGAUGGACUCUAUCGUUAUUGUUUUUAUUAUUCUAUUACCAUAAGGAGAAAAUAUAAACUCUUCUUCAUGGCUUGUUUCACAGUAUUAUGAGGGACAUCAUUAAUUUUAUUUUUUUACUAACUUGAAAAAUAAUUAUGCCUUGGAGUUUUUGUUAACUCUUUUUACUUAACUUUCCAAGAUUGCCUUUACAGUCAGAAUUGUUCACUGUCUUAGGUUAACAUACAUGUAGGGUUUAAUGGAGCCAAAGCCCAUUAAGGAAUUGUACACGCGUAGGCAUCCUGCUGAUGAACAGUUACAACAUAUAGAUAUUUCAAGCAACAACAAUUUGCUGUGUGCAUGUCUUCUUUGAAUAAAUAUACCAAACAAACAUGUAGAGUACUUUAAUUUUCUUUCUCUUUCCUUGUUAACAGUUCUUUUGUACCACGACUUGUGCCAUCCAUCAACUGGGGUUACUUUCAACUGUUACACAGCCAACCUGAAAAUAAAGUUGAUCAGAGUUACAAGGUAAGAAAAAUAAUCAUUCAUAUGGACACUAAUUCUGUUAGUUUCAUUGUAAGCAGGAUGGAAGAAAUGAUAUUUUGAAUGCCCUAACAGGGCUGGGGAAAAAAAAAGCAUGAAUUCAAAUUGUCCUUUGGGCAAGCUACUCUCUCAUUUUUCCUGCCCAGGGCCAAUCCUUACUUGUCAUUACAGCUGAUGAUUUUCGUACAGGGGAGUUGCUUGGACCUUUGCCCAACAAGUAGAAUCUACAAGUACUUGACCUGGACUACCAAAUGGGACUUUUUUCAAGCCCUACCUUAUAUUUCAAAAAAAAAAAAUGAAAGAUGUUAUAUUUAAACUGGCAUUCCUUCAGUUCCUAGUACAUGCACUUAAUACAAUUAUUAAUGUUUACGUUAAUUUUGUUAUUAUCAGAAGUUUUUAGCUUUUAUUGUUGUCACAAAAAAUAAUAUUAUUGUGUUUGUCAUGUGGUACUUUACACACACUAUUAAAAACUGGUUACAUUUAUUCUUCCAUUUGUUAGAUCUUCAACUUUGACUGUCUCUUUAAGCAGUAUGUGACUGAGUGGGCCAUUCCACAGUAAGUUAUGUUAUUCUAGUACAAAAGGGAAUGAAAACAAGAGAUGUUCAGGGUCUUGUGCGAGGGCAAAACAGUACUAGGAUAAUGGCACUACCAUCUUUUAUUUGGGGGCAUGUUUAAUAGGUAUAGCAGCCACAAUCUUGGACAAAACUGUUGAGAAAAUUGCAUACUUGUGGGGCAUUGUUUCUACUUUUCGUAGUUGACCAAUUCUUCCCUCCCCCCUCCCCCUGGAAGCAGUGUUGUUGGGUCUUCAAAAGAAAGCCGGAUCCCUAAGCGUUUGUAGGAAGCAACUUUGAACUGGGGAAGGGGUUUUCUUUACAAAAAGCUGUUGAUUUGGAAAUAGUUUUGUUGUGUUUAGGUAGUACGCAUUAAUGAAAACAUUUUCUCAAGUAGUUUUGUCAAGGAUUGUAGCAUAUUUGAUGAACUGCCAUUACCGGUUGUUCUCUCAUUUAAAACCAAAGUUCAAAGUGGCCAGAAGCUUGCGUUCAGCUGCUAUGCCGGCUUUGUUUACAACCUAAAAUGGAUUGACCUUCUCAGCAGUCUUCUUGGACAAGGACAGAAAACUGGUGUAGGACUCACAAUACUUUCACUCUCUGUGGGACAUAAAACAACCACUAGGUGCAUGAGCAAAUCUCUGACGGUGAUCUGUACUUCUAGUAUGCUUCCUUGGCGUGGCAUACUGUAGGAAGUUAUUUUAAUAUAGGGAGAACCUUUUCUUGCUUCUGGAUUCACACAUGAACAGAAUUCGUAUGAUUAUGAGUAUGAGUUGGGCAAGAGUAUGCGUAUUCUUCUAUAGAUCAUGCUUGAAAUCUACUUUUGAAUCCUGGCUUUGUUGCCAUGGUUCCCCCAUUCUAUGUCAUGUUCUUAAAGUAAUAAUUAAGUUAAUUGUCGUUGUUCUUUUAAUAGGGAGAAGACUGCUUAUGUACUCCGAAAGCUUCAAAAAUGGGUAAAUGAGAAUGGAUUUAAUGCACAUUUUCCUGGUAAGGCAAAUACAUUACUCAGCUUGUUCUGUUAAUUUAAAGUGAUGUCACUGAUUAUCAAAGUUACUUUAUCUUAUGUCAAUUUAAUUGUUCUCGGAGACUCUGGCUAUCCUGCGCGAAAGGUAAAAAUGAAUAAAUCACCCCUUUCUACUCCGAAGAACAUGAACGUUUUUAAUCGAUACUUCCACCUUUUUGUCAUAGAUCAGAUAAAUGUGUUAUUGUGUCUUAAGUUCAUGAAUGCAAAGCUGAAAUAGCUCCAUAUAAGGGAAUCCAAUACAGUCUUGGAUUCUGGACUCCAUACCCGUAGAUUCGGAUUCCGGGUACUGAAUUCCAAUCUUUGUCAGUGGAACUCGGAUUCUGGAUUCCAAUCGUUUGUGAGAUUCCGGAUUCCUUGAGCUGUAUUCCAGGAUUCCAAAGCCCACCAUUCCGGAUUCAGUGAGCAAAAUUUUUCCCGAUUCUGGAUCUCACAAGCAAACAUUUCCCACAUUCUGGAAUCCGUGUUUCCUUACACGGGCCAACUGAAAACUUGUUGCUUAACAUGUGCUGAAAUCACACUUUAGUGCUUUUCUCAUACGCAAAAUGCUUCUUAUAGAUCCCCAAGGAGAUGAAGUUAAAUUGUUUGUAAAGAAUGAAUAUGAUACACAAUAAGUUAGCUCCAGGUGUCAGUAUUAUUAUUAUUAUUAUUAUUAUUAUUAUUAUUAUUAUUAUUCGUAAAGAUACGAGUGGAAUUUGGAAAACGUCGGCUUUUUAUAGGUGGAGACUGUUUCCACAUACAUGUAAUACAUGGUUCGGUUAUUCAUGGUUGCGGCCAUAGCAACUGUUACCACCUUGAAAAGCUUUAGGGGAGCUAACUAAUUAUCAGUUUCUCUACCGUAGUCAUUUUGUUUUAAAUAAAGCUUGGCUUUUUUUUUCAUUUUCCUUGAACCCUUGACAUAAGCAAAUUUUUCUUGAGUUUCUGAAAUUGUUUUCAAGAGCUAGACGACUUGUAGAAUUUCGUGACUGCAAAAAAUAAAAUACAGUAUUGUCCUUUUGUAUUUUGUAAGUGUUACUAUGCGUAGAUGAAAUUCUUGCUAGUGAUGAUCAAUAUGAACCGACCUCAUAGCAUUCUUUUAAAGUAAUAGUUCAGGGGCAACUAUUUUGAUCCUGAGUAAAAAGAUAACGAAGCAGCAUUCCUUUUGGCAAAUCUUUAUUUGUUUACAGUCUUCUCCUCAUUAUCAUCUUUUUUUUUAUUUUACUCGUGGUUAUUUCUUUCGUCGUCUGGAUCUUCGUCUAACAAAAGUAGCUCUUGAAAACAAUUAUUAGCCUUGUGUCCAAACGUUUUUGACAUAACCAAUUGUAUCUGAAAAAAAAAAUUUGAAGAAAAAAAGGAAGAUUCAAACCGUUGUAUUUGUUCUACGCCAUCUUCCGACUAGAACUAUAACAGAUUUUUUUUACUUUUCUUAUUUUAGUUGAAGUCAGGUUUGUGAAAAAAGAUGAUAUUUAUAUGAGCCCAUGUUAUGGGCAGGACAUGUGCUUCAUCAACAUUAUAUCGUACAGGUAUAGUGAAAAUGCAGAGGUUACUUUACUUUUUUAACUUUGUAGAAGUUGCCAAUUUUAAGGGGCUGCAUGUGUUAGUGCAUUGUGUCAAGUUCCUAAUUAUUUCAGUGCUAUAAAGCGGAUCGCUUUAGCCUUAUAAUAUUGCAAAGAAUAAAGAUGAAGGUCUGAAAACUUGUCAGGCUUAACAGUAAACCCAUUUGCGACCUGUUGUAAUUUCCUUUCGUUUUGCGUCUCCAGUCAUUGUGUAUCUAUACCUAAUAUGAUACAUAAACUAUGUUAUUUAGAUUUGCCGUCACUGUUUUUUAAAAGCGGUGUUUGGUGACGAGGUUAUAUCCACUUUUUACUGUUCUUGGCUUCUGCAGGCCUUAUGACAAAUUUAUUCCUCAUGAAAGUUACUGGAAGUACUAUGAAGAGCUUAUGAUGUCAGUGGGCGGCAGACCGCACUGGGCUAAGGUAAGGCAGCACAAUUGCCAAAGUUUGUGCAAAAGAAAUGAAUUGCUCCAUUCUGCGAUUGGCUUAAAGUUCUCGUACCACGUGUUCGGCUGAACCAAUUGGAACUCUUUCCCACACGUUUUCCCGCGCUUCGCGGCUGCUGCUUAUCUUUGCUUUGCGUUUUGAUUGGUUUAUUUGAUUGUCUACGUCUGUUCUGAUUGGCCAGUUGCUGCAUUCGUUGCCAUCUUCUCACCCAAUCAGAAGAUAAGUCAGCUUUGAUCUAAAGAUGUGUCGAAAGUUUUCUCUGAACACGUGGUAAUACAUUUUUCGAUGCGAUAACGAGUUCAACAAAUCUUAUUAUUAUUCAUCAAAAAUAUUUGGCCGUUUCUGAGCUUUUGUGAUUGGCUCCAAUCCCCCGGAAGAUGUGAGCAAUAUACCAUCGAUUCGGUGGUAUAUUUUAUUGGAAACGAAGCUGCUUGGGCAAGAGUGAAAUAAAAAAAAUGGCGUUCACGGCUAUUCGAAGACGAAAUAGCUGAACCUCUGACUUGGGCUGAAUGGAAAAAAUGCAAGAAUAUGCAAAACACAUUUCUCGAUGGAUUUUAUCUACUUUUUGUGGAGUAUCUGCGAGAUAUAACAUCUGUUUGUAUCCUGAAACCGUGCCGAGAAAUAGGCCAAAGCUUUGAAGAAGGUCUACGAGGAGGUAAGCGUGUUAAGAACUGAGAAAUAUUUUGAAUGAACAAUAAAACUAUUGAAUUCGGCUGUCGUACGAUGUGAAGGAUUAUGCAGAUCUCGGUGGAUAACAUCCUCCUCGAUCUGCAUAAUUCUACAUCCUACUCGGCCUCAUUCAAUAAUUGUUAAUUAUUGUUAAUUUGUUUCUGCCCUGUUUUCUUGAUGAAGGGCCAACCACUCAUGUUGUUAUCGGCGUACGUAGAUUAACAACCGUGCUGUUUUUUUUUCUUUAUUAGGCCCACGAAUUGACCGCUGUCGAGAUUGAAAGAAUGUUCCCUAAAUUCAACGAGUUUCGUCAAAUCUGCGAAAAGUUAGACCCGCACGGCACCUUUCGCAAUGGAUAUGUGGAUAAAGUGAUUUUUGCUCCGCCCUCACAACCCGCCCAACAUAAUAAACCAAGCUCAAUCGGCUCUGAAGAACAACGUGAUCGCCACUACGACUCUCACCCAGUGGGACCGGGUCUGUAAGAGGCCGAAAAAAGCCGAAACCUUAACAGGAGACAGCUUAUGCAAAAGCCAAUACAGUUAACGUGUAUAAAGUUGACACUCCCAAGACUGUCGCUCAGUGGUGUCCGCCAGUAAAUUAUGAAGUCUUUAGCUUGCAGAGCAGAAGUUGUUUUAUCGCGUUUUUUAGGCAAGCGUAGGCAAGCGCGAAAAGCCGAGGGCGUAAGAGACGCGCGACGCAGGAAGGAGAUCCACGCCCGCUUCGUGCUUCCCUCGCCCUAAAAACACGAAAAAAUGGCGCUUUUUUUGCCGGCUAUGGAGUCUUCUAAGGUGGUUAUAAUUUUUGAGUGUGUGAAGGAAAUCGUUAUUUCUUGGCCUCAUAAAUUAAACCACUUUACAAAUGAGCUGUCUUAUGGUGCUAUUUGUUUUUCAGCAUUUAACAGAAUGAAUUUUGGAAAUUUUGUUGAAUUUUGUCCUUUUGUCAGUUCCAUCCAUAUAGUUAGGAAAUAAUAUAUAACGCAUGUCAACUGUUUAAUGCUGUCGACAUGGAGUGGAUUAGCCUUUAGGGGGUCGUGCAGACGUUCUACUAUAAACUAUUAUACCUUAUCUCCUGCCUUUUUGAAUAACUGCUCAUUUAACAUUGUUUAGUUCCAAAAUGUGCCCCACAUACAGUUCAGCUUAGUUUCCAGACCUUCGCGUCACUCGAGAGACGGGGUAGGGAACUAUUGUCUUGGCUUCUGAUCCAGUGGUCCUUGGCGAGGCAAAAGUCAGAACUGGUCGAUCGAACCGGUCAUUUUAAAAUGAGAUAUUGAUCUUUUCUGGAAAUUUUGGCUAGAAUCUAUCGCUGCCGCAUAUACCAUGUAUUUAGGUAUAGACUUAUAUCUGUCUAACUAGUCCUCAUUAAUACUGGAAUUUUCUUUACGACUAGCCGGUUCCGGGCUCUCGAUCAGUGUGAACGAGAGAAAAAAGCGAGGUAGCGGCGAAAAAGACCUCACCCUCUCUCCCCAGUCUAGAGGCGGCUUUUUGCACAUUUUUCUCGAUCCGUUUUCCCCACCAUUUUGGAGCCUUGAACAGGCUACUUUACGACUGACUGGACUGACCCUGACCAGCCAGUUCUGACAAAUGGUAAACGUUGUUGUUAACAAGCCAUAAUCUUUAUGCUGCAAUAUUACCAUCCUACGCCCACAGGGUUACAUGGAGUGCUUGGGCAUAUUAGAACAAUGCAAAUAGUAAAUUGUUGAAUAAAACGUAGAUGUGUUAAAUAGGUACUGACGAAACAACAACAAUUUGGGCUGUUGUUAAUGUGGUAGAGGCAAAUGGUUGUUUUGGGAGACACCAAAAAAUUCCGAUAUUUUGUGAAUCUAGUUCGAAGAUUGUUUUCUCAUUUAACUAGUAUGCUUGUUUUGUUUUGAAAUUUGUUUAUUACUGGCCACUGAAGAAUUUUGUCACAAGCUGCCCAAAAGUCUUUCGCAUGCCAUGAGGCUUUAAAUCUUACAUGCGAAAUUUAGGAGAAAGUUUGCCGUCUACGCAGUAGUCCCCUACCUACGCAGGCGUUCUUUGAGUAGUCACGCAACGCUCGGAGGAGCGUUGUGUGACGACGAAAAAAAAAUUAAACCGCACACGAGCAGAAAUAAUUUGAAUGACGAAUGGCGUUUCUAGUGCUAGCAUACAUUGUGUUCUUCUUAUCAGUUGGCCAAUUUUGUGUCCAUAGUUUUCAGCCAAAGAAUGUUUAACGAGGCAUAAUUAAGGUAAAAAAUCAUGUUCUUUUCCCUGGUAUUAAGUAAUAUUUAUGUGCAAUAUUUAUCUUUAGGGUAAUAUUGACUUAUCUUGGUGCUUGCUUGUACUGAUCAGGAGCGUAUAACCCCGUUGAGGGUUAUGUGCUUCUGUCCUGAUGUAUGAAAUCUUUAAAUUCAGAACUAUUUAUGGCAGGCAAAGUUAAAAUAUCACAUCAAAUAUUGAAAACAUUGCCGAGUUACAUUCCAGAAAUAGUCAUUUUUUUUUAAACUUAAAUUAGUUGUCAACUUGAAAAAUCCCUACAAUAAAAUCUUUUAUUGCUGUCUUCUGUUUUUCUUGAUUUUUCCCGGUUUCUUUUCUGAUCCUGAGGCAACCUGAUUGGGAUAAGACCAAAAAAAAGAUGUGAGAGGUUUCAGUCGUUUUAACGAUGGACUGCCACUGCUGGAUAGCCUUACACUUGCUUCAAGUGAGUUAAUGAAGUAUUGGCGAGUUGUGAGAGGUCGCGUUGAGCGCGGCUCGUCUUUACGUCGGCCUCCAGCACGUACGUAGAGCCAGAUAAAGAUUGCAGUGGUACUACACACGUAAAAAUUGCGCGACGGUGGGAAUGCGUUUCUUUAGAUUGAAAACAACACAGAGGUACAUCUGCCUACUAAAGUGUUGUGACAAUACAAGAAAACUGUUAAGAGAAAUAAGCGUUGAUAUUUCGGUUAAAUUCUAAACCAUUUUCAAUACUAGGAAGACGUUUUACAAACUUCCUGAGCUAACUGUACGAUCAUUAUUCAAUGGUACCUUUUUAUUUGUUCUCAGGUUGUACUUUAGCUCGGCAGGUUUGCGAAAAAUUUUCAUACUUUAAGAAUGGUAUAAAACUAUCACUCGGGAUUUCUAGUGUUCCUUGAAUAUUUCAAAACGAGCAAGAUAUUCUUCGGGGUUGUUAUCAUCCUGCAUGUUUCUCAUCUUAUUGACAGGAAUUGUUUAUGCACUCAUAGCUUCCGCAAACUCCUAAAUGGUCUGAAAGUGGAUACGUACUUACCUUAAAUAAAUGUGGCUCUAUUUUCGUUUCGCGUGGCAAACCACAUAAGAGAGGUUGUGUGAGGGUUGCUAAAAUUGGGCCAGAUCUUAUGUAAGUAUAUUUGUGCGGCGGAUAAAUAUAGUGAGUUCGCGUUUAGUUUGUACGCAUACAAACUUUCAGGAACAUAAGCGGAUUCGUUUGUUCUUCGACCCGAACUCCUGAGAACACAAAGUUGAGGUAAUUCAGUAAAUUUUUUAUAUAGAGGGUAUAUAAAUCCUUUCGUUUUGUGCGACUCGGAUACGUGUCUUGCUGUUGUCUAUCGUAAAAUCUGUGGUAGAAUUUUUACGAAGCUUCCUUAUAAAGACACUGAAAAACAUAUGACUGCCACAUAUGGUCGCUUAUCUCAUUCGAGGCAUGCUGCGCCCUAAACUAAUGACGGAUGUAUUGGUUACUCACCUUAUUUUUUUGAAUGACGUCAUGGGACGUGCUUCGUUGCUAUCCUUACAAUUUCGAGUUACUUCUUAAGGUUGAUCUUUUGGGGUUAAGUAAGGACUGUGAACAAAAGAAGAAAAAAACCCUGCAGAUAAUUCCUGUAAUAGAAACUCGUCCGCGUGUAUCGCAUAUUUGUUCACGCUAUGUUUUUAUUAAAGCACCCCAUGAUGAUAAAUUGGGUAGAUAAGAUUCAAAAGAACGACAAGAAUACUGCAUCCAAAAUAGGUUUUCCGAAAUAUUACGGGAAAGGUUCUAUGUCCUUGUGGCAAAUAUUUAGUUUACCGAGGCAAUACUGAGUGUUUUGAUGUUACAAAGGAGUUGAAAUAUAAUUAGAAUAUUUAUAUCAAUUGUUGGAAUAACUUAAAUGUCACAGGAGCUAUGAAUAUUUAUGAUGUCAUAGUUUGCAUCGACUACCGGACCUCGUGAAGGUUGUUUACUUGUCCGCUCAUGCAGUAAUUUGAGUCUUUGAGGAGGAGGAAACAGUUUUUGUGAUCAAAAUGAGGGCUGAAAGCGACUCAGGUACGUUUUGUUUUAAAGUUUUCAGAAAUCGGGUUGGAUAUUAUGUAAACGAGGAUGCUCUCGUUCAAUAUCGCCGCGUUUCGCUGCGUUCGUGGCCCGUUUCAAUGGCGGUUGUUCUUCUUACCUGUUCGUCGAAUUCUUAAUUUUUAAACAAUUUUUUACAUGAAAUAGGACUGACAGCCACCACGUUAAUUGAAUUUGAAAAUAGUUUUCUAAGGCGGAAACAUCAAGUGCGUUUUUAUUUGACAGAAUUUGUUAUUUUUUCGAUAACUUUUGUUGUUUUCUCUCACAUAACUGUUUCUCCCGAAAUCUAAACAGCGAUGUCAACAAGGCGUGAGAAUGUGUUUAUAAAGCAGAGUAAAUGUUAGGAAAAAGGGAGAUUUAUUUUAAAUUUUGCUUUGUGUUUCUGUGUGCCUGAACAAAAUGCUGAAAGAAAAGCGAAGUUAUGGCGGCCAACUGCGGAUGUUGCUUAUUUGUGGGCAUAUCAUUGAACGCGAUUUGAUCGAUACACGUAAGAUGAUCACUGUUUAAACUUUUAGCCGUUUAGGCUGCCACCGCCGCCGUCGCUUUGAAUUUUUUAUAGUUUUAUUGAUAAUUUCAUUAUGAACUGUUGAAAGAAAUAUUGAGCUCUUAGAAAAGAGCGUGCAAAGAGCUAGUAUCUUGAGCAAUCGGUCUUCGUGAAAUCGAACAAAGAAGUUGGAGGACGACAAAUGGUGGGAUUAGUGUAAACUGCGUGCUCAUAUUGUACGCACUUUGUCGAGGCCCCUGUUGCGAAAUUAGAGAGGCUUAAUGCGAAAGAAUUAAUUAACGUUCACCUAAGUAUCUUGGCUUCAUUUCAAACCUUGCGCUACGGCCCUUCCAAACUCAGUUGACCGAAGUAAACUCGAUUUUUUCGCACAUUAUCACAACUAGGUAAUAUUUAGCCAGACCGGAUCAGGACGGGGUGGGGGGGGGGGAUUAAAUUUUCCUAGAACUUAGCUCAGCUUGGCCCAGAAGAACAGCAUAGAAAUCUAAAUGUUCUCAUACAAUUUUUAGAAAAUUUUCUCCAUACCAUGAACUCAAACAAUAAAGAAAAAAUUACUCUGUGCAGCCAGGAUAUAUAUUUUUUCCAUUAUUAUAAGGUAUACUGCGAUUAGAUCCAUUGAGAUACACAGUGGAUACAUCUCCCUUGCAAAACCCUACAAAACCCUGCAGGGCCAAGAGGCCUAACGUAGAAAUUUUUUUUGUUCAAUGGGCCCACUUAAUAAUAUAAUUAUUGAGAGGGAAACAACUCUAUAUUUAAAUUUGUGGUUAAUGAUGCAUGGGAAAUUUUCUCUUGGAAUACUCCCAAGAGGAAAAAGCCCAACUGAUAGAACUUAUGUAAAGUUGAGGUUUUAGGAUGGAGAAAGGUUUAUGCAGCAUUUCACAUUGACUGUAUGUUGUUAAACAUGCAUAGCGCGAGGUUUAUAUAGUUUCACAUUGUCCGAUGACUGACGUAAUUGUCGGCAUCUCAGAGGUAAGUAUUAAAUUCCACUUAAGUGACAUAAAAGAAUCUUAUGACAUCCAUGCCCAAUUAAGCUGACUCAUCAAAUUGUCUUUGUAGAUGUUAUGGAUUCCAGUACGCUUAAGCGAACUAUAUUGUAUGAGCCUCAACCUUACGUGCCAUCCAACCCAAUCCAUGAAAAUGAUAUUGAGAGACUACUUUCAGUAGAGAGUGAGAGCGUAGAAGGAGCGUGGUCUCGAGUUAAGAAAACCAAGGAUGCAGAGGUCUGGAGGAGAGAUUCAAAUGAAGAUGGUCAUCCACCGAUAACAAAGGUGAUUAUAGUCUGAAUUUCCAUGCAGUGGCUAUAUAUUAACCCUUGAAGAAGAAUUUUUUUGUCAUAAUAAAAUUUCUUAAUGUUCAGGAAAGGGUAGGUUUAGCCUGCGAAUACAGACUUUCCGGUCACUGCUUCUUGUAAAGAUGACCGGAAAUACUUCUGCAUUGGCAGGCUGUAAUUAGGUUUCGGAAAGACAGGAAAUUUUGUUCUUUUGCCUUACAAAUUUACAUUUUUCUUUGUAGGAACCUUUUGUUUGACAUCAUGAAUUUCCUUUUUUGCUCUGUGUUUUCUGAAAAUUGUUUUUUUCCUUCAAAAAAUAAUUAGCCGUUGAGAUUACUUGUAUUUUCAACAACUUUUAUUUUAAAGAAUUUAACAUUUUACUGUGUACACACUGUAAGACAAUAAAUUUGAAUGAGAAUCCUCAAAAUAAGCCAUAUCAUAACGUUUAAUUUGUCAGAGACCAAAAAUUUACUCUGAACUUUGAGAACUUGCUCUUAGUUCAUUCCUCACAGUCACUGAUUUGUUAAUAUUUGUUUUAAUUUCUAUAAUAUUAUUUUUCUAUUAAUAUUUCUAUUUUAAUAUCAAAGGCUGUACUGCGACUAGAGGAUGUCCCUUUCCAGAAAGGUAAGUAAUUUAAUAAAUAAAUUAAUACUUGAUGGUAAUGAACAAGAACCAUUAAGUAAAAAGUAUGAAAUCAGUGUAAACCAGACUAUGUUGGGAUUACUCGACAAAUUAGAUUUUAGAUGGUAACCCACCAUGACCAGUAAUUUACAUUGUAGCCCACAAAAAAGGAUAGAAACAAGUAAUGCAAAUAAACAUAACAAUUAAGUAAGUAACCCAGCUGUGAAUAGCAUUAAACCAGUUGGCACCUCAUUCAUAAUCAUGCAUAAUUUGAACAAAUGUAAAUAUUUUAGUUUAUGUCAUGGCAUUAGUUGAACCUGGGACUUCCAGAUUUCAAGGCAACCUUAAAGCUCUAACUGCUUGAAUGGCCAAUUAAUGCCUCCUUACGUACUCAUUUUCCAUGUUUAUAAAGUGCUUAUAACAGGUGUCACUAUUUUUUUGUAGUGUUUUUAUAUAUAUACUUACAUUAAUAUCUUGUUGUUGUUUUUUGUAUCUUAGCGGUCAAACUUAUGACAGACUGGAAGCUACGUCAGGAAUGGGACAAAACUGCAACUGUUGUUGAUGUCUUGGACAGAAUAGGGAACUUUAAAGUUGUGUACAAGUAAGAAUUUUUUAUAAAUGUCUUGUUUCAGGUUUUCCUACUUUUAUUUUUUUUAAGAAUCCUUGUAUUAAUUUAUGCUCGUAAAACCAUGGUUACUAUUGUGUACUUUAAAUUUAUAAGUGUUGCAGCUUUAGAACUCAAUACAUGUAGUUGAGUUGCCAGAUGUCUGAAAAAUCCCAUGUUUUAUUUUUUUUUUUAACUAAAUGUUUCAAAACUAAUAAUUUCGUAGAGGUACCGCAUGCCUUAUUUGUGAAGUAUUGCAUGACGACCUGUCAUUUUUUCUGUUUCUAAAUUUUAUCCAUCCUCUCUUGAGGAUAGGUGCAGGGAUUUUAAUAGGUAAUUAGCCAAUUACACAAAAUUAUCUGAUUGCAUUUAUCUUGUGUGUUAAUUUUUUUUUCUUUCAACAGCCGUUUGAAGAUGCCACUGUUUUGCACCAACAGAGACGUUGUCUUGGCCUCCUUAGAGCGUUAUGACUCAGACCAGCGGUGUUACAUCUUGGCACUUCGCAGCACAGAACAUCCUUUGAUGCAGCAGUCUCACAAUUCAUCCAAAAUUGUUAGGUACAUAAUACACAAGUAAUAAAUUUUAAAGUGGUCCGUGCUAGAUCAACUUACAGUUUUUCAAAGUCGCAUUUUGGCAAACUGAAAUAAUAUUGUAGAAUGGUCACUCACCAGAUAUAAAAUCUUGGUGGCCAGAACAACAAAAACAGGAUACUUUAUGCAACACAACAUGGACGACUUUCGACUAUUACAAUUGCAUUUGGUGGUCCACGCAACAUCUCAAAGUUUUUUUUAUUUAGACAGCUAGGAUAAAAGGGACGAGUAACAUGAUAGCAAAUAUUUAUCUCUCAUUUAGCUUUUAUAGAAAGACCAUAAAUACAACUAAUAAAAGCGCAGUGACUACGGUUUGGCAGAAUUGACUGCCAAAUACAGACCAACUUUCCCUGCAGAACGGAAGCUGCCAAAUGUUUUUGUACUCGGUAUGGCAACCAAAGUGUGUGUAGCUUGGACUUGCUUAAUGGUUGGGGGUGGCUGCAGCUGAAUGUUUGGUGUGGAAGAAAUUAAAUUCUCCUUCCAAGACAUUUUUAAUUAAUUAAUAUUUAGAUAUAAUUAAUAUUUAGUUGUCUAUAAUAUACUCUACGUACCUUAAUCAUUGGUACUUGCAUACAUGUAAGAGAAACUGGAGACCCAUCAAUCAAAACAUAAGCAUGAAUGCUUUAAUUAAUGAACUUUGGAAGGACAGAGUGUAGCAGCUUCCACCAACUUGCAUAAUAAUCUGUAUAUUAAGGAUGAUUGCAUCAGACGAGUAAAUUUCACCAGCAAACCUUGUUUGUCAACUGACUUCAACUCUUUGUUGUUGCAGUUUUUGUGCGCGAGUAUUCUUUUCAACUCUACUGCCCUGGGGAUUUAUUUACAAUGGGUUAACAGGUCCAUUUUUGUUAAUUCCAAAACAUGGUUGGUGUUGAAAUUUGCUUGUGUGGGGUGCAAAGAAAGUCAUUUUUACAGCUUGCCAUUCGGGCCAGCUGAGGCUAGCCCCAAAAACUUUUUGAUGACCAGAAUUAAUUUCACAGUUUUUCUGUAAUUUGAAUUUCUCAGAAAAGUUCACUUGCCCGUCGGACAAGUUAAGAACAGAAUUUACUAACUCGAUAGCAAAAUCCGCUAGCCCCGGGCUAUCAGACACUACUUUCUUUGCCCGCUAUUGUGUGACAUUAACAUGCAUAUCCAGGGCUAUUUAUUCAACCUUAAUAAUGCAGUUUCUUCUUUCCAUUCAAAGAGCUGAGACCAUCCUAUCAGGGACUAUUAUACGGCCAGUAGAUGAUGGCUCUGAGUCCUCUACAGUCACCAUCGUCACUCAGAUGAAGCUAAAAGGUUCUGCUCCACAGUUUGUGAAAAACAGCUAUAUAGCUGACAAUCCUGUGAAACGGAUGCACAUGCUGAGGAAGUUCUACAUCAAACACAAAGAUGACAAGCAAAGAAAUUUGAGCUUAAGUGAUAGUUCAACUGAUAUCAAAAUGAGUCCAUUUAACAGUCCUAAAAGACCAAAGUCGUCUACCUCCACAGCAGGAAGUAUAGAUAAGGCAAUGGAUUAG